AUGGAGGGAGCCCAACUAUUAGGUUGCAAAGUUGGGCAGUGGCCAAUGACAUACCUGGGAGUUUCCAUAGGUAUCUCAAGCAAAAGGAAAGCCUAUUGGGAACCUCUGGUCAAACGUUUUCACAGCAAGCUUGCCUCAUGGAAAGCUGAUACUCUAAACCUAGUUGGGAGAUCAAUUAUAAUCAAAUCAGUUCUUGAUAGUCUCCCAACUUAUUGGCUUGGAUUGCAUAUGCUUCCGUCUAGGGUGUGUGACAGAAUUGAAAGGAUCAGAAGAGAUUUCCUAUGGGGUUCGUUUGCUGGUCAAGAAGAUUUUAAGCGGAAAAUGCACUCUGUUAGGUGGAGCAAGGUAUGUUCCUCAAAAGAUCAUGGUGGUUUGGGCUUGGUGCCAAUUAAAGUGAAGAAUUUGGCUUUGCUUGGUAAAUGGUCAUUUAGAUGGGAUAAGGAACGCCACAGAAGCUGGAACAUAUGGAUUAGAGACAAGUACAAGUGUCCCAAGCAUUCCAACUUGCAAGAAAGUUUGGUUGGGAAAAGGUCUUCAAACAGCUUGCAAGACAUGGUUUCAGCUGCAUGUCAUCCGCUUUCCAAAAGGAAAUUGGAUCGGGGAAAACUUGUCUGGAGAUUAGGGAAUGGUAUUCAGGUACUCUUCUGGGAAGAUAUCUGGCACGAGGACAUGGCACUAAUGGAUAGAUACAAAAAAUUAUAUAGCCUAUCCACGCUGCAAGGAAUUUCUGUUGCUCUUUUUCUCAACCAAUGGCAGUUGGUAACCUCAGUAGAGUCUCUAUGGACCAGGAGCUUAAGAGCUUGGGAGAUUGAGGAACUAAAUAGCCUGGUUUUAAUCAUCAAAGAUUUCUUGGCAAGGAGAGGAAUUAAUGUUCCAGGUAGUGGCAUCUGCAUAUGUUGUGGAAUUUUGGAAGAAUCAGCUCAUCAUCUGUUUUUUGAAUGUCAAGUAGCUAAGAAGCUAUGGCAACUAGUAUGCUUAUGGUGGCAUCUUGAUGUGGAUUUGUUAGAGGGCCUAAAUCUAUUUAAUCUAUGGGAUAGUGCAAAGUUGGUUCAAAAUAAAAAAGCGAAAGUUGCUUGGAAAAUAGUCAUCAGUGCAACUCUUUGGACAAUUUGGAUUUCUAGGAAUGAUGCAAUAUUUAACAGUAAUCACGUUAACAGAGGGAAAAUAUUUGCCACCCUCAAGGUGUUGGCCAGAGAGUGGUGCCUGAUCUCGAACAUCAUUUCAGAUUGCUCGACUUCUUGGUGGAGUCAUAAUCCGAUAGAAGCGAUCACCAAAACUGAAUCUGUUCAAAUGCAUGCAUUGUUUCAGGUUAACUGGGAUUUAAUAGCUUUCUUGGAUGGUUCUUGGAAGGUCAAGCAAGGCACAUCACUAGCAGGGAUAGGAGGCUACAUUCAAAAGAAAAAUGGGGAUGUUAUUUUAUCCUUUUCAGGGCCUUGCAAUGCGAGUAAUGCUCUUCAGGCUGAAUGGAGUGCGUUAUCUUUCCUCAUAACAAAUUUUGCAGAGUCAAGGUGGGCUGAAAAAUCAUUGUUGAUUUAUACAGACUGUAGCAAUUUAGUCCGUAAAUUUUUGGAGCUGUUUUCUGGUAAUGUGGAUGAUGCCCACAUUCCCCUGGCUGGGCUCAAUAAGUCCAUUAAGGUCUAUAUAAAACAUAUUUCCAGGGACCUCAAUUGCAGGGCUGAUGUGUUGGCAAAAACAGGAGCCCAGAAAACUCAGAUGGCCCGUCUUUGGGCCCAAAAAUAA